AUGUCAGAGACUCAGAAUCCAGCUGGCGAGAAGCCCCGAAAGUCAAUUCUACUUACCGCGUUUGUGGAAAUGUGCUCUGGUCAUCAAAGUCCGGGGCUCUGGCGUCACCCAGAAGAUGAAUCUCAUCGAUUUAACGACAUCGAUCACUGGGUAGAACUCGCUCAAUUACUCGAAUCAGCCAAGUUCCACGGAAUUUUCAUCGCCGACGUUCUGGGUGGCUAUGAUGUCUAUAAGGGAAACUUGGACUCAGCAAUCGCCUCCGGCGCUCAAUGGCCAGUCAAUGAGCCACUAGCUGUAGUGUCCGCUAUGGCUGCAGCAACCAAAAACAUUGGCUUCGGAGUUACUGUCUCGACAACAUACGAACAACCCUAUCACCUGGCAAGACGUCUCUCUACCCUUGAUCAUCUUACCAAGGGACGACUGGGGUGGAAUGUCGUUACCGGAUAUCUUGAUAGCGCAGCCAGAAACAUGGGCCAAGAUUCCCAGCCACACCAUGACGACCGAUAUGCCGUGGCAGAAGAAUAUAUCAAGGUAACUUACAAGCUCUGGGAAUCAUCCUGGCGCCAAGAUGCCGUUGUUCUAGAUCGUGAACGGGGCGUCUACGCUGAACCGUCACGGGUGCGACAGAUUAAUCACAAAGGAGAAUAUUUCUCUGUGCCAGGUCCACAUCUCUGCCAGCCCAGCAAGCAACGUACGCCUGUCAUUUUACAAGCCGGGACGUCCAAAGCUGGUAAGAGAUUCGGCGCAAAGAAUGCUGAGGUUAUCUUCGUCGCUGGGCACAGCCCUUCCGUGGUCGCUAAGAACGUCGCCGAAAUUCGCCAGCUUGCAAAUACUGAGUUUGGACGUGAUCCUCAGAGCAUCAAGUUCCUAGCUUUGCUUUGUCCUGUGCUUGGUAAGACCGAGGAGGAAGCUGUCGAGAAGUUCAACUACUACCGUAGUUUGGGCGACAUUGAUGGGGCACUGGCUCUGUUUGGUGGUUGGACUGGCAUUGAUUUGGACACCUAUGGAGAUGAUGAAGAACUACGACACGUGGAAAGCAAUGCUAUUCGCUCUGCUGUUGAAGGAUGGUCCAAGGCCGCCACGGGGACCAAGAAAUGGACGAAAGCUGCUGUCGGACAACAUAUUACUGUCGGUGGUUUGGGCACCACCCCUGUGGGGACAGCUUCCCAGGUAGCUGAUGUAAUGGAGCGUUGGAUCGAAGAAGCCGAUGUGGACGGAUUCAACCUGGCUUAUGCGGUCAAGCCCGGGUCUUUCAAGGACGUCAUUGACCUGCUAAUCCCCGAACUACGUCAGCGUGGUCUUUUCUGGGAGGACUAUGCGGUGGGUGGAGGCUCAUAUCGCGAGAACUUGUACGGCAAGGCCGGUCAAUCUGGUCCUCGAGAUGACCACCCUGCUGCCAAAUACAGAUGGCAUGCGGGAGUUGACUCCGCUGACCAUCCAGUGCCGAAUUAG